AUGAAAGCCGCCAGUCUAAGAGAGAAGAUCUUCGCAGCUUCCUGUGUGCAAGGAACGCCGUUGGAUGCAGAGCCUACCUGCCUAUCAGUCCUCAGCUACAACCUCCUGGCACCAGCGUUUGUGCGACCCAUUGACCUGCGAACUGGGGCCGUGCAGCCUUUUGCAGCUUUUGAGUGGGCCUCUGCAGCGGAUUUGGAGUGGGACCUGCGCAGGAAGCGCUUGCUUGAACAGCUGCAGAGCUGGAAUGUAGAUGUACUGUGCCUGCAGGAGGUCCAGUUCGAAGCCUCGCCUGAUGGCUCGUUCCGGCUGCCAGACUGGCUGGGGCUUCAAGACUACACGGCUUCUAUUCCCGCGGAGAAAUACCUGACUCUCAUCGCAGAGCGGAAUGAGCGCGUUCUUGCGAAUAAAGUUGCCAUUGGCUGUGCCGUCCUGUACCGAAACGGUCGGUUGCAACUGUCGGAGGAUUCUGAGAGUUCACGGAGCGGCGACCCCAACACUCUCGUCUCGGCUUGCUUGCAAGGCGUGCCUGGAUCGCCGCUGGAGCAACUAGGAAAGACUACUUUUUUCUCUGUCCAUCUGGAUGCACAGAGUGAGGAGAAGCGGGUCGACCAGCUUCGAAAAUGCUUGGAAAGAGCUCGCGCUUUAGGUACGCGGCAAGUGGUGUUUGCCGGAGACCUGAACACCGAGUGUCGCCCUGGGUCUUGUAUCCGGGCAUUUGUUUCAGACGAGGCUCCCUCUAACGAGGACAUGGCUAGGGAGUGUGCUUCCGCACUACGCAUUGCUGGCACCGAGGAUGGUGAUGAUGAAAGCCCUGCAAAUCAGAAAGAGCUGAGAGGUGAUGGGGGUGAUGGGGAGCCAUCAGCAGAUCAGCUAGCUGCCUGGCAUUUGCUCUGGCAGAAGGCUGCCAAGUCUCCAUCUGAGCACCGAGUACGACUUAUGCGCGUGCCCACGGGUCCUACACGCUCUGCCUACGAUCACGGCAAGACCGAGGGCCCCUGCGUCUCCUGGCGGUUAGCUCCUGGGUCCGAUCUUGUCAUCACAUUUUUGUUUCUGCAUGCCCUUGUCUUAGCUAUCGUAAAAUGCGAAACAGUAUUAUCUGGUAUGAACUGUUGCUGCUUGCUGCCCAUUUGGAGAGAAGACUGUGGCGUCCUCUGUUUGCAAGAUGGACUGUGGAUUUACAAGCAGGAAGUACUCGAACCUUGUAUAGGUUCUUGUUUGGAUGGAUUUUGA